AUGGAUAUCGAAGAAUUCGAAAAAGAAAACGCGUUUGAAGUGCAUGCAUUCUGCGAGCAAUGCCUUUUCGAAAAGAAACUUUGCUCGAAAUAUCCGUUUGAAUUUCUGAGAGCGGUGGCGAAUGGAUUCGAUGAGGAGAAGAUCCCGACUCCGUUAUACGAGUACUACAAAACGCUCAUGCCGCCACCAUCGCCGACUCGAACAAUUUGCCGCGAGCCACCAAUCGACUUCUGA